CCUGUAAACGCUUUACUUCGCUAGUCCACGCAUGCGCAAUGUAAGCGAAGGGCGAUGGAGCGGCUGGCGGAAAUGACCUCACACCUGCCUAUUCUGCGUUCUAUCAGCCAGGCUCUGCGUUAGAGUUGUUCCUCCAUUUUUGGACAAGUUCUUCAGAAAGAAGUACUGUUUUAGGAGGGGACAGCUCGGCAGCGCUUUAGCCUUCCAUUCGGAGGGGGAUAGUUAGAAGCAAAGCAGGCUUUGCUCUCUGAUAGCCAUGGAUUUUGUUGAAAGCGAAGCCGAGGAAUCAGAGGGAGAAUACGAAGAUGGAAACGUAGCUGAAAGACCUAAUAAGAAAUUUGCACAAGAUGAUGAUGAAGAGGAGGAAGAAGAAGAAAAUCCAGAGGAUCAGGAUGAACAGGGAAACCUAAAAGGGUUCAUUAAUGAUGAUGAUGACGAAGACGACAUGGAAGAAGAUGAAGCAGCGGGAAGUGAAUCUGGUGGCUCGGAUGAGGAAGUUGGCCACAAAAAGAGAAAGCACACAUUUGAUGAUCGCCUAGAAGAUGAUGAUUUCGACCUUAUUGAAGAGAACUUGGGUGUCAAAGUCAAACGUCAAAAGUUCAGAAGAGUUCGAAAGAUGUCCGAUGAUGAGGAUGAAGAGGAGGAAGACUUUGGAAAAGAGGAGCAUGAGAAAGAGGCAAUAGCUGAGGAAAUCUUUCAGGAUGGAGAAGACGAGGGCAGACAUGAUCACGCGGAUCAGCCCGUUGCAGGCGCAGAAGAAGAAGAGGAGGAAGAGGAUGAUGAGUCAGAUAUUGAUGAUUUCAUUGUUGAUGACGAUGGACAGCCACUGAAGAAGCCCAAAUGGAGGAAGAAGUUGCCAGGAUAUACUGAUGCUGCUUUGCAGGAAGCUCAGGAGAUCUUUGGUGUCGAUUUUGAUUAUGGAGAAUUUGAGAAAUACGACGAGGAUGAAGAAGAGAUGGAAGAAUAUGAUUAUGAAGAUGAAGAGGGAGAUACAGAAACACGGGUUCGGCCUAAGAAAACUGCCAAAAAGCGCGUGAGCAGGCGCAGCAUUUUUGAAAUGUAUGAACCUAGUGAACUGGAAAGCAGCCAUCUGACGGACCAGGACAAUGAGAUCCGAACAACAGAUAUGCCAGAAAGGUUCCAGCUCCGGACAAUAUCCGUUAAGUCUGCUGAAGAUGAUGAACUGGAAGAGGAAGCAGAGUGGAUUUACAGGAAUGCUUUUUCAACUCCAACAAUAUCGUUGCAGUCUCAGGAAACAAACGACUACCUAGAGCGUGGGCAAGUCGGCAGCAACUUCAACAGGAAAGGACCAAGUACAAUACAAAAGAUCAGGGAAGCGCUAAACUUCAUGAGGAAUCAGCAUUUUGAGGUUCCAUUUAUUGCUUUCUAUCGGAAGGAAUAUGUAGAACCAGAGUUAAACAUCAAUGAUUUGUGGAGAGUCUGGCAGUGGGAUGAAAAGUGGACUCAGCUGAAACUGCGAAAGCAAAAUCUGAUAAGACUUUUUGAGAAGAUGCAAGCUUACCAAUAUGAACAGAUCUCUGCAGAUCCCGACAAGCCAUUAGCUGAUGGAAUAAGAGCCCUCGAUACAGUGGACAUGGAGAGGCUGAAGGAUGUGAAAUCAAUGGAUGAGCUGAAGGAUGUGUACAACCACUUUUUGCUAUAUUAUGGCCGAGAUAUACCUAAAAUGCAGAAUGCAGCCAAAUCCAGCCAUAAGAAGCUGAAACGGAUCCCAGAAGAAGGGGAGGAAGGGGCUGAUGUAGCAGAACAAGAGGAGGCGUCCAAGGGUCCAGAAUUAAAACAAGCUUCGCGGAGGGAUAUGUAUUCAAUCUGCCAAAUUGCUGGUCUUGAUGGUUUGGCCAAAAAAUUUGGUUUAACACCAGAACAGUUUGGUGAGAAUCUGAGAGACAGUUACCAACGCCAUGAGACUGAACAGUUCCCUGCUGAACCACUAGAACUUGCCAAGGAUUACACUUGCAGCCAAUUUACAACACCAGACGCCGUCCUGGAAGGCGCCCGCUACAUGGUUGCUUUGCAGAUUGCCAGAGAGCCUCUAGUCAGGCAGGUUCUGAGACAGACCUUUCAAGAACGGGCCAAAGUUAACAUUAUUCCAACAAAAAAGGGUAAAAAAGAAAUUGACGAAGCCCAUUUUGCCUAUGCCUUCAAGUAUCUGAAGAACAAACCUGUUAAGGAGCUGCGAGAUGACCUGUUUCUUAAGAUGUGUAUAGCUGAGGAAGAACAACUGCUUACCAUUGAAAUAUGCAUUGACAUGAAAGAUGUAGAGGGUUUUGGCUCAGACCAGGCUUAUUUUGAGGAGAUCAAGCAGUUCUAUUACAGAGAUGAGUUCAGUCAUCAGGUGCAGGAGUGGAACAGACAGCGUACAUUGGCCAUUGAACGGGCGCUAAAGCAAUUUCUGUAUCCACAAAUGGCAAAGGAGUUGAAAAACAAACUCAUUCUGGAGGCCAAGGACUUUGUCAUCAAGUCCUGUAGUCGUAAACUGUAUAACUGGCUAAAAGUGGCACCAUACAGGCCAGACACCCAGGUGGAGGAAGAUGAUGAUUUUAUGGAGGAAAACCAGGGGAAGGGAAUCAGAGUAUUAGGCAUGGCGUAUUCUUCUGCUAGAGAUCACCCUGUUUUCUGUUCCCUGAUUAAUGGAGAGGGUGAGGUCACUGACUUCCUCCGUCUCCCUUACUUCACCAAGAGAAAGAAUGCCUGGAGGGAGGACGAGAGGGAAAGAAAAGCUCGUGAUAUGGAAACACUUAAGAAGUUUUUAAUAAGCAAGAAGCCUCAUGUUGUGGCAAUUGCUAGUGAAAAUAGGGAUGCCCAAAUGAUGGUUGAAGAUGUUAAACGCAUCGUGCAGGAACUUGAGCAGGGGCAGCAAAUGUCAUCCAUUGGAGUGGAGAUGGUGGAUAAUGAACUGGCUGUCUUGUAUAUGAAUAGCAAAAGAUCUGAGGCUGAUUUCCGAGACUAUCCACCAGUUCUUCGUCAGGCUGUUUCUAUUGCUCGCCGUAUCCAGGACCCCUUGGUUGAAUUCUCUCAAGUCUGCAACACCGAUGACGAUAUCCUGUGCUUGAAACUACAUCCAUUGCAGGAACAUGUAGUUAAAGAAGAGCUACUGAAUGCCCUGUAUUAUGAGUUCAUUAACAGAGUGAAUGAAGUGGGAGUUGAUGUUAACAGAGCCAUUGCUCACCCUUAUGCACAGGCUCUAAUCCAGUACGUCUGUGGACUUGGACCACGUAAAGGUGCACAUUUGCUUAAAAUUUUAAAACAGAACAACACACGUCUUGAAAACCGCACACAGUUGGUCACUAUGUGCCACAUGGGACCAAAGGUUUUCAUCAAUUGUGCCGGCUUUGUUAAGAUAGACACAACUUCUCUUGGUGAUAGUACGGACUCCUACAUUGAAGUGUUGGAUGGUUCUCGCGUACAUCCAGAGACAUAUGAAUGGGCCAGGAAGAUGGCUGUUGAUGCAUUAGAAUAUGAUGAGUCGGCAGAGGAUGCCAACCCUGCAGGAGCCCUGGAGGAGAUUCUGGAAAACCCAGAAAGAUUAAAAGACUUAGAUUUAGAUGCUUUUGCAGAGGAACUUGAGAGACAGGGCUAUGGUGAUAAACAUAUUACUUUGUAUGAUAUUCGUGCUGAGCUCAGCUGUAGAUACAAAGACCUCAGAACAACUUAUCGGUCACCUAACCCGGAGGAGGUCUUCAAUGUGUUAACUCGGGAGACCCCUGAGACAUUCUAUAUAGGCAAGCUGAUCACUUGUAAUGUAACUGGAAUUGCACACAGACGACCCCAAGGCGAAAGCUACGAUCAGGCUAUUAGGAAUGAUGAAACUGGUCUCUGGCAGUGUCCAUUUUGCCAACAGGAUAAUUUCCCAGAGCUCAGUGAGGUAUGGAAUCACUUUGACAGUGGCUCUUGCCCUGGUCAGGCAAUUGGUGUUAAAACUAGGCUAGACAAUGGUGUGACUGGAUUCAUCCCAACCAAGUUUAUUAGUGAUAAAGCAGUCAAGCGGCCAGAGGAGAGAGUAAAGGUGGGAAUGACUGUUCAUUGUCGGAUAAUGAAGGUUAACAUUGAAAAAUUUAGCGUUGACUUGACCUGCCGAUCAUCGGAUCUAAUGGAUAAGAACAAUGAGUGGAAGCUGCCCAAGGACACAUAUUAUGAUUUUGACACAGAGUCUGCUGAUCACAAGCAAGAAGAAGAACACAAGAAAAAACAGCAGCGUACAACAUACAUAAAACGAGUUAUUGCCCAUCCUUCAUUCCACAACAUUAAUUUUAAGCAAGCUGAAAAAAUGAUGGAAACCAUGGACCAAGGUGAUGUAAUCAUCCGCCCCAGCAGCAAGGGUGAAAACCACUUGACUGUAACAUGGAAAGUCAGUGAAGGUAUUUACCAGCAUGUGGAUGUAAGGGAAGAAGGCAAGGAGAAUGCUUUCAGCCUGGGAUCUACACUCUGGAUUAACAAUGAGGAGUUUGAGGAUCUCGAUGAAAUCAUUGCCAGGUUCGUGCAGCCAAUGGCAUCUUUUGCAAGGGAUCUGAUAAACCAUAAAUAUUAUCAAGAUUGUAACAAUGGAGAUAAAAAAAAACUAGAAGAACUCUUAAUAAAAACAAAAAAGGAAAAGCCAACAUUCAUUCCAUAUUACAUCUGUGCAUGCAAAGAACUUCCUGGAAAAUUCCUUCUGGGGUACCAGCCACGAGCUAAACCAAGGGUGGAAUAUGUGACUGUGACGCCUGAAGGGUUUCGCUACAGGGGACAAAUAUUUGCAACGGUCAAUGGACUUUUCCGGUGGUUCAAAGACCAUUAUCAAGACCCUGUACCGGGUAUCACACCAAGCAGCAGCAGUAGCAGAACAAGGACUCCAGCUUCUGUAAAUGCUACACCAGCUAACAUCAACCUUGCAGAUCUAACCCGUGCAGUCAAUGCCCUCCCGCAAAACAUGACCUCACAAAUGUUUAAUGCUAUUGCCGCUGUAACCGGGCAGCAAGGACAAAAUCCCAAUGCUACACCUGCCCAGUGGGCAUCCAGCCAGUAUGGUUAUAGUGGGGGCAGCGGUGGUGGCAGCAGUGCAUAUCAUGUCUUUGCUACUCCAGCACAGCAGCCUGUGGCCACGCCUCUGAUGACCCCAAGUUAUUCUUAUGCAACACCAAGCCAGCCAAUCACAACCCCCCAGUACCAUCAGCUUCCGCCCAGUGCAACAUCCACCCCAGCGCCAACGCCUCAGUCCUCUCAUUCACAGAGCUCCUCCCACUCACAAAGCAGUUCCAGACACAGGCAGCAGUCCAAAUCAAACAGUCAUACGGCUAUAGACUGGGGGAAAAUGGCAGAGCAGUGGUUGCAGGAAAAGGAAGCAGAACGCAGGAAGCAGAAACGGGUAACACCUCGCCCGUCUCCCAGUCCCAUGAUCGAGAGCACACCUAUGUCCGUGGCAGGGGAUGCCACUCCACUUCUGGAUGAAAUGGACCGAUAGGGAUGUAAGAGAUCCAGGCAGUCAAACCUAUACAGCAGAUGGAGCUUCUUGAAUUUUUAUUUUUAAAAAUGUAUAGAAUGGUUCUUCACAGUCGAGCCGGCCUGAUGACGUUUGAAGGCCUAUUGUGAGCGAAGCCUCACACCAUUACCGUGGAUUUACCAUUUGAAGCCUGUCGUUUCUUGACAAAUGCAAGAUCACCCUUUUUCUCAUCUCCAUUGCUAUUUAAAUUCCUUGUAUAGUAUUCUGUCGCUCUGAAGAAUGCAGCAUCGCUUAAGGCAUAGAGGGAGCCGUUCAUUGUAUCUAUACUGUUUUUAUGAGCUACAUUUUAAACUUGUGAGCGGGGUUCAGUUUUAUUAUUAAUCAUUGCAUAUUCUGCCAAGGAAUGCAAAGGCAAAGGCAAGUAUCAGAUCUGCAGCAUAGAUCUCCUAAUGCCUCUCCUGACUGAAUGUGCGGGUUUGCUGGAACUGCUUUAUAAAGGACGCUUGUAAGAGAAAAAAGGGCUGAUGGGAAACUUAUGAAACCUUUAUUUUGUAAGAGGGAAAGCAUAGCUGCCUCUUCUGUUCAGGUGUUACUCGUAACUCAAGGAUCAUCUAGAUUCAAAAUGAGAAGUAGCAACACGACAACAAAUCCCAGUAUCGUACCCCCCUUGGUAUAGAGCUGGACAAAUGUAUUUAUUUGUGUGUGGACGCUAAACCCCUUUCCGCUGCUUUGUGCAGCUUUCAGCAAGGUUUAUAUUAAUGGCUGCGAGAACUGUACAGUUGCAGAUUUAGCAUUUUCAUUAUCCUAGAUGUUGCAGUGUGGAUCUAUCUGGAAAUACUGCUGACAUUUAUAGCGUUCCUCACCAGAUUUCAUGUUUUUUUUCUUUUUUUCUUUUUUUAGGGUUUUUUUUUUGUAAUUGCAGCAGACAAAUAAAUGGUCUGAAUAAUGAAAA